CACACUACAACAGCAGAGUUGAGUAGUUGCAACUAUAUGGCCUAAAAAAAAAAAUUGAGAAAAUAUACUUCGAGUAUUUGAAGACUGUGAUCCAAUACAGCAAAUAAGUUGAUCACAUCAUUGAUGAUUAAGUGGAAUUCCAACAUCUUUGUUCUCUCACUUUUUCACUCUCUUCUUACUCUUUAAGUAAAGAUUAUAAUAGACACACACGUAUACAUACUUUGUUUCAGAGAGCCAACUAUUAAACAUUUACAAGCACCCACACUGUUUUGUUUGCCUUCCAUGUAAGUUCCUGGAGGGUAAGAACUUCCUUUGAUUCCAGCACUUAGAACAUCUGACAUGGAGCAGGUGCAGUUAACGUGUGACAUGAAUGAACUGAUGAGCAUAGCUGGGAAGCCCUGGUUUCAUGAGAUGACUGUCAGACCUGAGGUUUCCAGCUCGGCCAUUAUCUAGCUGUAUGGCCUUGAGUAAAUUAUUUAACCUCUUUGAGCCUUGGCUACUUGAUUAAAAACAAGGAGAUAAUCCUCUUACGUCCCAGGAAGGUGGUGACAAUAGAUGCCUCUGUCUGGCACCUACUAGGUUUCUCCACAGAUGGGAGUUUCUGCCUCACCCUCCACUCCCCACCCCUGCCACACACGUACUCCUUGGAGACCAAGCCCUGCUGCUGUCACACAUUUCAGUGAUGUCACAGCUCCCCUCCCUGGGAACUGCAGCACAGCCAUCCUGAUGCCCACUCUGAGUGCUGGCUGAACUGAGAGGGGCAGGGCACGGAGAGUACCUGGCACCAGUCUUGCUCUGUCUGUGUUUGAAGCCUCAGGGCUCCAGCAUGAGUCCAUCAGCAAAUAAGAGGCCCAAGAAUGGAGUGGUUUUCGAGGUUGGACUAGGGAUUGGACCUAGAGGGGCCUUACGAGGAGUAACUAGAGCAGGUGGAGGGAAAGGGAGAGGUGAAGGGAGGUCAGAAGAGUUACAAUGGUCUCCCCAUUUCUGCCCUCAAAUCAAGGUGACAAAACUCCUAGUCUAGUGUUGGUAAAAUGAUGCUGAGUCAAAUGGAGAAGCAUAUGGAGGCGUUCAGGGGGAUUCUUCCUGAGGUAGCUCUCCCUCUCUCUGUCUCUCAGAUGCAAGAUGAAGAACCACGGAACAAGAGACAGCAGCCUGUCAGCAAAGUAAUUAAGCUGAACCAACUUAAAACGGUGUUAAAAAAUUUGUCGCUCUUGAGGUUACUCAAGAACUCGAAACCCCGGAUCAUAGAACUGCAUAAACUGGCCAAGAGGUGUUGGAAUUCACUGCUCAGCGUUCCGACAAUCCUGAUCUCCUCUGGGAACAUCGCUGUCUGCGAUGGAGUGGACCAGAAUAUUGGCGAGCCCCAGGAGGCUAGGUGCUCCAAGAAAAAACUGGAGUCCAAGAAGUUAGAAUCCAGAGGGAAGUCUAAGGAGUCGAGGCCCAAGGUGGGGGUGGGGAAGAGGAACGAGCCCCAGCAGUCACGUGCAGCAGUGCUAGAGCGAGAUCAGGUGGAGUCUGAGACCCCAAGGACACCGAGAGGUCACGGCCUGACCGCCAGCUCUGGAACCCAAGGGAGGCAGCUACCCACUGAGUGCCCCCGGCUCAUCUUCCUGAAGACCCACCAGCAGAGAACUGCCUCGGGGGACAUGGAGCAAGUGGAAGCCGCUGGCCGGUGGAUCUGGUUUGAGGGGCUGCCCACACGAAUCCACCUCCCGGGGCCCCGCGUGAUGUGCAGGCCAUCCACCCUGCGCUUGGUCAAGCGCUGCUGCACCCGCUUCUGCUCUGCAUCGCUUGAGCUGCCUAUGUACCAUCCAUACCGGGUGUGACAACGCCACUGCCGGGCAGGGUGAGAUGCCCACCCCACACCAGGCCCAGAGCUGGGCCCCAGGGUCAGAGGGCUUGGGAUCCUGAGUCUUGGAGGCUGUGGCUGGCAGGCCCCACUUCAUACCUAGAAAGGGAAGCUCAGAGAGGGGAAGCCACUGGCCAAGGCCACACAGCAGGCUGGAGCCUCCCAGAAUCCAAGCAGGGGCUGUGGGGGAGGGGAGGCACAGUUGGUGACUGUGGGUUCUGAGGUGAGUCAUCCCACUGCCUGGAGGCCUCAGAGUCGCCACAACCCCACAACCGCGAAGGCUCAGACUCUCACAGACGUCUGAGUAAGCGAAUUUAGGAAUUUCUAAGUGUGGGGGAGGGGAGUGGUUGAGUAGGGCUCUGCCACAUCUCAUCCCCUCUCAGGCAAAAUCAACACUCUGUUUUAUUGAUGCACGCUUCAAAUAAGAUGUACUCUGAAAAACUUCCUUAGCACGAAAAAUACUCCAGCCGCUCCACGAGAGAAUUCAGGUCCCAAGAAAGGAAGCGGGUGAUGGGCUUGGGGGUCCAGCAAAAAGGGAGGUUUCCCCUUCACAAAACCCACAUCCCCAACCAGGUCAGCCAUCGCCACGCCAGGCUCCGAAGCCCUCUCCCUGGACGGCAGCGCCCCCUGGGGGCGGUCUUAGCUCCUAACACCACGGUCUCUCAUACAGGUGGUACGGCCUUGGAUGGGAGCCAAAGUGUGAGCGGAGGGCAGAGGUCAUGCAAACAUCUGAAUGGGAAGGCUGGGCGGUGAAAUUGGCGAGUAUACAAAUAAAAUCUCCCAUAUGGCACUGAAGAAGACUACCGCCGGCUCUGUUUGUCUGGGUCUGGAAAGGCUGGAGGCGAGAGGCCCUAGCGGAGGGCGGGGGAGGGCGUGCAUCAGGACUUCAGGCCGCUUCUCGCCCACCCCCAGGUUCUUAAGGUCAGUCUAGAACCCGGAACAAAGAAGCCAGCGAGCUGCACCUCCUCAGUGGUGUACUCCAUGAAGUCAUAGAAAGGGAACAUUUUUCGGGUGUUUCCAGGGCGCCAGAUGCCUCACAAUGGCCCUGCAAGCCAAGGAGAUCAGGAAACCGCGGUGCCGAGGCGGGAAGUCCUUGCCCGGGCUCACACCGCUAGGAGCGGUGGAGCAGGAGCUCUGAUCUGGGUCUCCUGGCUGCUCUGCGUUUCCUUUUCCGAAGAAAGGGAAAAUGCCCACGGAAGCGUCCAGCCCGUCAUGCACGUGCAUACCCUGAUUAUCAUACCCUCGGGUCAAUAAAUGGGUGUCGCUGGGCCCUGUCUGAGUCACAGAUUACGGAAAGCACGGUCAGGUGGGAAGCUGGCACUGCUCCCCAACUGUUCCCAUGUGACAUGGCACGUUCAUCGUCCAAUCCCCAGCCCUGGUCCACCCAUCCGGUCGGAGUCACUCUCUGUCGGUAGAAGCCACGGGGCCCUGAACAUGCAGUUGGGGAGAGGAAAACCCAGGCUUUCUCGUCUAGAGGAAGAUUAUAAUCCUCCCUGUUCCCCUGAGGCAGGCUGAGGGGCGCGGGUGCCCUGGGGAAAGCAAUGGAGCCAUCCAGGGGCGCAAAGCCCCCACCCCACCCCCAGGAGCCACUGAUGGAGAGGGAGUCCCACAUUGGGAGAGAGGGAGAAAGAUGGGGGGUCUUCCCCUGAACCUGCCCGCUCGCACCCCACCUUCCCACGGGUGCUCAGCACCGUGACUGAGAAUCACCUGGCCCGAGCCGGCAGAAAAUGGAACGUGUCUCCCUUGGGGAGGUGCCGACAGCCUGGACCCGGCCCUGGCGCGGGAUCGCUGUGUGCCGCCGGGCUCUGCCUGGGUACGGCUGCCCGGCGCCUCAGCGCACGCUCGCUCACUGCCGCCGCCGCCGCCGCCGCCCGCCGCCUUUCUGCGGCGGUGCUCCGGUACCUACUGUACAUCCCCCGCCCCCGCCACUUCCGCGCAACUGCCACCCCAGUAACCUCCACUUCAAGCUGUCUUCCCACUCCGUUUGCACCCUAGCCCAGCUCCUGAGUCUCCGUUUCGUUACCCUUGCUGGACGUCACCAAUCCCAUCAACCUUCUAAAAUCACCUCUCCUGGAUCUUUCCUCCCAAGCAUUUUCCAUUUCACCAUUCCACCGUCGCAUGAACUUCUGUCCUGCGCGCGCCAUCAGCAGGGUAUCAGCAGGCGGUCAGGGCAGGCCGCUAACCGCCCCCCCCAAAAAACCCUAUCGGAGGGGUCCCAUGCACUAUUCUUUAAGGGAGGCUGCCCAGGGAACCCCAACUGGUGGCCCAAAAGCUUGCCAGCUUCUGCUUUGCCUCAAAGAAAGCCAGAGCUGGGCCCCGGUCGCCCACCACGGGAAGUGACACGGAGUUAAAGGAAGCUUGUGGGACCCAAUGUGGCCAGGGCACCGCGGCUGGGAGAAGGGGGUGGGGGGUGGGGUGCUAGUGACUGGCAGCAGUGCAUUCUUCCAGCCUUAUCCCAAUCUGCACCUCAGGCAACCUGCCCCCCACAAUCCCACAGCUGGGGUCUCCCUUUGUUUAAUCACUUCAAUCUGAGGUUCUUCUUCUGGGCUCAGAUCCUGAUUUGGGCAGGAGGCUGCAACAUAUAUCAGGGAUCAGAGACCAGCCCAGAAAUGGCUCCCUAACAAUUAACUUGGGGGGGAGGGUGGGGGCGAAAUUAACUUUAAAGUGUUUGAGUGACUUUCAACAAAUCACAUGACCUCGCUGAGCCUAUUUCAUCUGCUUAUUAAAUAGGGAUAUUAAUAUCCAUUCCAGAGGGCUUUGAGCAAAUCAGGCUGGAUGUAGGUAAUGCCAAUUUGUGGGGUGUUGAACAAAUGGCUGGCCUGUUUUCCAUGCCUCCUCUGCACCCUGACAGCGCCUCCAGGCCAGCACUGACCCUAUUUCUCACUUAUGAGCAGCUGCCUAACUGCCCACUGAAGGGAAGGAGCUGCUUGUUAAACAGUCAAUCUUAUGUUCACAUUCACAACCUUUUGCUAAAAUGGCAUCUAGGUU